UCCUGCCAAAGAACAAACAGUUUUUCAGUGAGCUCUGAGUGAGUCAGGAAAGGGUUAACCUCCACGUUCAGCCUGCCAUCAAACCUGUUUGUACUCGCAGGAACAUUUCUGCCUCAAAGCAAAAGCUUCACAUCUGCAGUCUUUGGGCUCAGCAGCUCACCAUGUCUGUGUCCAGAUCUCUCCGCAGGUUUGGACUCUGCUGCUCUCGGCCCCAAAAAGUCUUCACGGCCAGUCCGGUCUGGUCCUCGUGUGUCGUCUCCAGUUUCAGCAGUCGACCUCCAUCCAAAGAUGUAUUUGUCCGUUACAGCCUCGGUCGGCCGGUCCUCUCUCUGCGUCUCCCCACGGGUCGGCAGUGUCGUUUCACUCUGACGCCCAUGUUGACCACAGUCGGCGACCUGCUGCGAGACAUCAAGGCGAAGGACCCCGGGGUGCACUUCGCCACGCUGCUAAACGGAGAUGGGCAGAGAAUCUCUUCAGCCACUUUCAUGGAAACGGUUUUAAAUAAAGAUUUUCAGCUGGUCAUCAACGACGUCACACACAGCGUUUCCUCGCUUGGACAAGAGUCGUCUCACGAGCACGUGCUGGGCGUGGACGAUAUGAAGUACGUGGUCCGCCUUCUGCACUCGGCUCUGAGUCUUCCUCAGCAGCAGCUCCUCAAACACAACCAGCUGCUGAUCAGACAGGAGCAGCUGAGAGAGCAGCUGCAGCCGCUCCAGCAGGCAAAAGUGAAGAUAGCGCAGGCGGCGGACAAACGAGCGUCCAUACUGGGGUGGGCGGGGCUUGCCUACCUGUCCCUGCAGGGAGGAUUCCUGGGUUACCUCCUGCAUAAGCCAACAUUUCCUUCUGGGGACUGGUCGGUUUGCACACACACACACACACACACUCAGGUGUCCCGUAUUCAUGUUUUUUUAAUUUUUUAUUUUUACGUGUGUGUGGUCAGGUAUGUGUUUGCGUGGGACGUCAUGGAACCAGUCACCUACUUCAUCUCCUGCACCACCAGCAUGAUCUUCUUCGCCUACUACAUCCUCACCAGACAGGAUUUCAUGUAUACGAAGGCAAGAGAUCGUCAGUUCCUUCACUUCUUCCACCAGAGAGCAUAUGGACAGAAAUUCGACGUUCAAAAAUACAACGAGCUCAAAGACGAGCUGGCCAAGGUGGAGAGUGAUCUGAGGAGUCUGAGGGGUGUGAUUCGGCAGGUGGAUCAGCCUCAGAGAGACACCUGAAAUUUGACUUUGUUCUGUUGUUGUGACAUUAAAUGUCUUGUUUGCACAUUUUUGCACGUAUUGUUUCUAAAUAUGUUUUUUUUUUACCCAUGCUUCUGUCAGUUGUCUCAAUGAAAGACAGUAAAAUAUCAACUACA